GCGGCCCUGCGUGCCGUACGCCGCGUCCGGGGCGCGCCCGCCGCUAUUCAGCUUCCCGGGCUCAUUAGCAGUCUCGGUGUGCGGCUCGGCGCGGGCUCACAAAGAGCUGCGGCGGCGGCCCGGCGCUCGGCCUCGCGGACGGAGCCGGCGGCGGCGGGGCGGGGGCGGCCGUGCACCGCGCGGCCCCGCGCCCGGGCCAGUCUCCAGAAGAUUUACGCAUUGCUGAAUCCCGUGUGGGCACGCCAGCCUCCGAGGCCAGGACCGUCCUGCGGAUGGCUGAGAGUCCUCUGGGGCCCAGCGACUCUGAAAAGAUUUCGUCACCAGAAGGUUUUGGGGGCCAUUACCAAACCACUUGUUUUCGUGGCUGUCUGCAGGUGACCAUGGCCGUGUGAGCGUCCGCCAUGGCCAACCGGAAGCGUCAGAGCACGGCGAGCAGCAUGCUGGACCACAGGGCGAGGCCAGGCCCCAUGCCCCAUGGCCAGGAGCCCGAGAGCGAGGACACAGAGCUGCCCCUGGAGGAGUACGUGCCCCAGGGCCUGGAGCUGGCCACCCUGCGGCCCGAGAGCCCCACGCCCCCGGACCAGGGGUGCCACGACCACAGCCCUGAUGGGGACUCCAGCUCUGACUACGUGAACAACACCUCCGAGGAGGAGGAUUACGAUGAGGGCCUCCCUGAAGAGGAGGAGGGCAUCACCUACUACAUCCGCUAUUGCCCCGAGGAUGACAGCUACCUGGAGGGCAUGGACUGCAACGGGGAGGGGUACCUGGCCCACAGCACACGCCACCUGGAGACGGACGAGUGCCAGGAGGCGGUGGAGGAGUGGACAGACUCGGCAGGCCCCCACCCACACAGCCAUGGGGACGAAGGUAGCCCGGACUACCGGGACGGCCACCUCCCCAUCCCGGAGGAUGAGGCCUCCGUACUGGAGGCCCAGGACCAGGAAGAAGGUGUCCACUACUGCCCCAGUGAAGAGGGCUACCAGGACUACUACCCCACGGAGGCCAACGGGAACACGGGCAAUGCCUCCCCCUAUCGCCCGAGGCGUGGGGACAGGGACCUGGAGGACCAGGAGGAGGACAUCGACCAGAUCGUGGCCGAGAUCAAGAUGAGCCUGAGCAUGACCAGCAUCACGAGCGCUGGUGAGACCAGCCCUGAACAUGCCCUGGUGCGGGGGCCCGAGGACUCCACGGAGGCCUGCCCGCCCGGCGAGGCCAGCCACGGCCCCAGCAGACACGAGGGAAGGCCCAAGUCACUGAACCUCCCUCCUGAGGCCAAGCACUCUGGAGACCCCCAGAGAGGCUUCAAGACCAAGUCCAGGACUCCAGAGGAGAGGCCGAAGUGGCCCCCAGAGCAGGUGUGCAAUGGCUUGGAGCAGCCGAGGAAGCAGCAACGCUCUGAUCUCAAUGGACCCGUGGACAAUAACAACACCCCAGAGACGAAGAAGGUGGCAUCAUUUCCAAGUUUUGUGGCUGUUCCAGGGCCCUGUGAACCAGAAGACCUCAUUGAUGGGAUCAUCUUUGCUGCCAACUACCUGGGGUCCACCCAGCUGCUCUCAGAACGUAACCCUUCCAAAAACAUCAGAAUGAUGCAGGCGCAGGAGGCUGUCAGCCGGGUCAAGAAUUCGGAGGGGGAUGCCCAGACUCUGACCGAAGUGGAUCUCUUCAUCUCCACCCAGAGGAUCAAGGUGUUAAAUGCGGACACACAGGAGACCAUGAUGGACCACGCCUUGCGCACCAUCUCCUACAUCGCAGACAUUGGGAACAUCGUGGUGCUGAUGGCCAGGCGGCGCAUGCCCCGGUCGGCCUCUCAGGACUGCAUCGAGACCACCCCUGGGGCCCAAGAGGGGAAGAAGCAGUACAAGAUGAUCUGCCACGUGUUUGAGUCCGAGGACGCCCAGCUGAUCGCACAGUCCAUCGGCCAGGCCUUCAGCGUGGCCUACCAGGAGUUCCUGCGCGCCAACGGCAUCAACCCCGAAGACCUGAGCCAGAAAGAGUACAGCGACAUCAUCAACACCCAGGAGAUGUACAACGACGACCUCAUCCACUUCUCCAACUCCGAGAACUGCAAGGAGCUGCAGCUGGAGAAGCACAAGGGCGAGAUCCUGGGCGUGGUGGUGGUGGAGUCGGGCUGGGGCUCCAUCCUGCCCACGGUGAUCCUGGCGAAUAUGAUGAACGGCGGCCCGGCGGCCCGCUCGGGGAAGCUGAGCAUCGGGGACCAGAUCAUGUCCAUCAACGGCACCAGCCUGGUGGGGCUGCCCCUCGCCACCUGCCAGGGCAUCAUCAAGGGUCUGAAGAACCAGACGCAGGUGAAGCUCAACAUUGUCAGCUGUCCACCGGUCACCACGGUCCUCAUCAAGCGGCCGGACCUCAAGUACCAGCUGGGCUUCAGCGUGCAGAACGGGAUCAUCUGCAGCCUCAUGCGAGGGGGCAUCGCAGAGCGAGGAGGCGUCCGAGUCGGCCACCGCAUCAUUGAGAUCAACGGGCAGAGUGUGGUGGCCACGGCCCAUGAGAAGAUAGUCCAGGCUCUUUCUAACUCGGUCGGAGAGAUCCACAUGAAGACCAUGCCCGCUGCCAUGUUCAGGCUCCUCACGGGCCAGGAGACCCCGCUGUACAUCUAGGCCCACCCAGCCUGCACCGCCCAGCCCGCCUGGGUUCAGAGGAGCCCGAAAGGCUGGACCCAGGACCUGACCCCUGACCCCACAGCCCGCCCAAGGACACUGGCUCCUCCGAAGGGCGUGCCCUCACCACCCACUUUUUUUUUUUGGACAAAAAGGGGGGAUGUCUUCAUCAAAGGAGAGUCACAGGAAGCAUCUCUGUAGAACAGUCACGUGUUUUGCCCAUUUUGACCCGUCUUCUCGUUGCGACGGACAAGGCUGUUUCUCUGUAGCUGUGUGUGGUGUGGAGUGUGUCUUUCCUCCCUGAAGCCGUGGAGAGCGGACGUGAAGGGAGCCCCGCCAGGACAGCAAGCUCCUUCCCGGGACGGGGGGCCCUCGGGGUGCUUCGGGGGAGGGCGAUCGCGCUGCUGCAGCUGCCCGGAUCCCGGGGUGUGACUUGUAAGUGAAGUCCGGGAACAUGUGAUUGUACUGAACCAGAAGGGAGACGGUCCUGAGUUAAAUAAAAGAUGAUGGCCACAACAUGGAAACUCCAUAUUUAUUUAGACACUAUCACGGUUUUGACUUUUACUUUGACAAGCCAUUCUUCAGACUUUAGGAUUUCCGGGUGACCCGCCCGCGCACCUACCGCUCCUGCCCUCACCCGAGGCUCCGCGGCUCCGCGGACUUGCGUGGGCACGCCCCCUGCUGGCCGUCUCUCCCCGCCCCUCGGGGGCGGGGCCCGCUGGCUCCUCCUCCCAGGGACCCGGGGCGCAGCAGCGGCCGUCUGUUUCCAGCCUCUACACACACACACACACACACACACACACACACACACACACACGCGAGCUCCCCCACCCCCCAAACGCCGAACCCACCCUGGCGGACUCUGCCACUCCCGGGGCCGCUGGUGGCGAGAGCAGGUCACUGGACGAGCCGGGCGUCGCCGCGAGCAGUAUUCGAGCGUGUGUAGAUGAAGUGAAACGUAGUCUAGUUCGGGUCGUUAGAGGUCAUUGUUAACUGACGUCCUUUUGUCUGGAAGUCUCUUUUUUUGGCCCCGGCCUUGAAGAAUACACUGUGACUUAAGAAGCCUUACCAUGCAGUAACUAAAGCUUUAGGAUUACUGUAUUCAAGGAGUGACCUGUGUGUUGCAUGCAGCCGACCUUAGGAAGACUCGCUAAUAGCACUAAUAA